UGGAUGCAGCAGCAUGCUGCCUGACACAUGACGAUACAUCGGUGUUUCUAUAAUUUUAUCGAAUGCUUAUAAUUUUGCGAUAUUGAUAUUGAUACAUGUGUCACGCUGAAAAAAGAGUCUUAUAGGUUAGCCUUGAAUUGGUUGAUGAAAAGAUGUAUUUUAAUAUCUUUCAACGAUUGACACGAACUUGCAUUAGACAAAUACAUACCAGUGUUUUGCGAAAUUUGAUGAAAGAUCACUCUGACAGAUCAUUUCGAAAAAAUAUACGUUCAACUACUUUCUACUGGGCAGGAAUCGGAAUUCUGGCAGUUGGAUUGAGUUAUUCCGCAGUGCCUUUGUAUAGAAUAUUUUGUCAGUCGUAUAGCUAUGGUGGUACAAUAUCGGCUGGUCAUGAUACUAGUAAAGUAAGCACAAUGUCACCUAUUAACAGAAAAAUCAAAGUUAAAUUUAGUGCAGAUACAGCAGCAUCGAUGCAAUGGAACUUUAAGCCGCAACAAACAGAAAUUACAGUCGUCCCUGGAGAAACAGCUUUAGCAUUUUAUACAGCUACAAAUCCAACCAAUAAACAAGUCGUUGGAAUAUCCACAUAUAACGUUAUACCUUUUGAAGUAGGACAGUACUUUAAUAAAAUACAAUGUUUCUGUUUUGAAGAACAGAUGCUUAAUCCACAUGAACAAGUUGAUAUGCCAGUGUUCUUCUACAUUGAUCCAGAAUUCGAUGAUGAUCCAAAAAUGGAAUUUGUUAAUGAAGUAAUUUUGUCUUAUACAUUCUUUGAAGCUAAACCAGGAUUUAAACUACCUAUACCAAGCUAUGUCAAAAGUCAUUCAGUAAAGUAAAACCUUAUUUUUAGCUUCCAAUAAUUCGGAAGAUCUAUGUGCUAAAGCAUUAUUGGUGUUACUCCAUGUAGUCCACAUUUCUUGAGCAACUUUAUUAAUAAGACUUUCGGCAGUGGUACGUAAUUGACAUGACUUAUUUCGCUCCGUUUGGGAUCUUUGCACUAUCCUAUUCACCGCAUCUGCCCAG